GGUGAAGGUGGGGGCGGGGACUGAAGAGCUGGGGGCUAGAAGCCACUGGGGCUUAAAGACAGCCCGGGAGUGAGGCCACUCAGCCAGAGGAAGGAGACAGCUCCCAAGCCCCCAGGCAGAGACUCUACAGAAAUGGAGCAGAAGGAAGGGAAGCCUGAGGAUGGUACCGCAGUCGCCCCGGAGAUGGUGGGAGGUGGAGCUUCUGCGGAGAAAGAGGCCACAAGCCCAGAUGAGAAGAUCAUCAAAGAGGGGCCUCCAGAUGGGGCAGGAAAGCAGGCACCAGCCGAGGACAGUACUUCAGCUGAAUUCCAUGGGGAAGCAAAUGGGUUGGAUGAGGUCAAGGUUGAAUCCAAAGAAGAGGUUGAACUUCAAAAGGAGGAUGAUGGGAAGAAAGAGACCACCGUGGCUCCUCAGGAGAUGACUGACAAGAAAGGAGAGACCAACUUGGAACUGAAGGAGGCUGAGGGCAAAGAGGAGGCCAUGUUGGCCUCUGAGAAGCAGAAGGCUGUUGAGAAAGAGGCCAAGCCUGAAUCUAGGGAGAAAGGCGAUGUGAAUGAUGAAGCCAAGGCUGAGCCAAAGCAGGCUGCUGGGGAGCAGGAGGCCAAGGCCAGAGGCAGGGAGGUCGAAGGGAAGGAGGAAGCCAAAGCUGGAGGCAAGGAUGCUGAAGGGAAAGAGGAGGCCAAGGCUGAAGCCCAGGAGAAAGCCAGUGCUCCAGAGGCCAAGUCAGACUCUCAGAAGAAGGCUGCAGUGGAAGAUGAGGCCACGGCUGAACUGCAGGAGGUUGAUGUGAAGGAGGAGAUGGAGCCAGGUGGUCCCGAUGAAGAGCAGGACCAGGGCAUGGAGGGAGAGUCGGAGGAAGGGGCAGAAGUGCUUCCCAGCUCCCCCGACGAAUGGCCUGAGAGCCCCAUGGAGGAGGGCAGCGGCCUCAGCCCAGAAGGGUUGAGUCCAGACGCCGCAGCUUCCGGGGAGACCAGUCCUUCAGCCAGUGAAUCUUCGCCCAGCAACGUGCCCCAGAGUCCCGCGGAGCCCCCUCCCUCCCAGGAGAAGAAGAAAGAGAAGGCACCAGAGCGCAGGGUGUCAGCCCCUACACGGCCCCGGAUGCCCCGUGCGCAGAACCGCAAAGCCAUCGUGGACAAGUUUGGGGGGGCAGCCUCAGGCCCCACGGCUCUGUUCCGGAACACCAAGGCCGCUGGGGCAGCCAUCGGUGGUGUUAAGAACAUGCUUCUGGAGUGGUGCCGGGCCAUGACGAGGAAGUAUGAGCACGUGGACAUCCAGAACUUCUCAUCCAGUUGGAGCAGUGGCAUGGCCUUCUGUGCCCUCAUCCACAAGUUCUUCCCUGACGCCUUUGACUAUGCUGCACUGGACCCCACAAACCGCCGGCACAACUUCACCCUGGCCUUCUCCACAGCAGAGAAGCUGGCUGACUGCGCCCAGCUGCUAGAGGUCGAUGACAUGGUGCGGCUGGCAGUGCCUGACUCCAAGUGCGUCUACACCUACAUCCAGGAGCUGUACCGCAGCCUCGUGCAGAAGGGGCUGGUGAAGACCAAGAAGAAAUGAGGGGCUGGCCGACCAUGUGGGCAGAGGUGGGCAGGGUGCCCAGCUGCCCAUCUGCGGCCCCGAGGCUCACCUCUGCUUCAUGAAGGCAGCAGUGCUGGGGCUCGGGCAGGGGCAGGUGGCACCAGUCUUAACUACAUUAAAAGUACUUUUGUAAA